AUGUCUGCUCCAAAAAGCACGGAGAACCCCGGUUUCGACACUGUCCUUGACUUCAACAUAUUCGAGCACCACGAUGAUGAAGAAGACCUCUUUUACAAGAACAAACUGGUCGCAAUUGUUGAGGGUGAGAUCACCCCAAAACAGGCUGCAAUAGAAAUAGACACCUUCAUCACGCACGACUCGGAGCGGUUAUACAAACUGCACCGGGCGUAUCAUUUUUCGCCCGAAGACCUGCCCGACGAGAUCCGUGGCCAAUUACCAUUACCUGCUGACAGCGAUGAGAGAGAGCUGGGAAUCCACUGUCCGAAUCCCGGAGGACAUAUCGAAAUGUUCAUGCACUGGGUUUUCCGACUAGGCUCGGCCUUCCCGCCCGGCCAUGUCGGCCAAGACCGCCUGAUCGCCUUUCUGGAGGCGCUGCGUGAUCUACCAAGACAUGAGAUUGUCACUAUAGCAUCACCUUCGGUAGCAUCACCCUCGGACGAUCAAGUCGAGCAGAACAUGUACACGACUCUAGAAGCCUACUUAUACCGUCUUUAUGCGGCUACGCGACUGCCCCCUACUGAGAUAGACCUCCGGCUGCGGAAUUUCCAGUCUGCCAUCGCGCGCAUGACGGCACUGGAUCUGAUCGAUUGCGGGUGGCUCUCUUCCUUGGAGGGCAUCCUUCCUUCGCAUCCCUGGUACCCUGAUCUAAAUGAUCCCGAGGGUCAAGGGUUUGGCCAGGAUCAGGGGUUCCGAUGGCUUGCUGGUUGGAUCAUUGCGGGUGUGCAGUGGCUGCUUCGUGCUGAAGUGGGGCAGUAUGUCUAUCAACAGUGUCAGAAGAGGGAGAAUAUUGUCGAACGGUCGGAGAUGUGGAGUAUGCAGCGGUGGCAGCAGUGGAAGGACGCCAUGUAUAGCUAG